AUGAAGUCUUACAUGCAGUGGGCCGCCGCUGCCCUCGCCGCCGGAGUGCCCUUGUGCGCAGCUCAGACCUACACCGACUGCAACCCUCUGAACAAAACCUGUCCCGCCGAUACUGGUCUCGACCAAUGGUCUUUCAGCACUGAUUUCACCGUCGGAUCUUCUGCGUUUAACAAGUGGACCACGACUGCUGGCACGGUCAACAGCACCUCCUUGGGUGCCAAAUUCGAGAUCAAGGAGGAGGGAGAUGCUCCCACUAUCCAGACUGAUUUCUACAUCUUCUUCGGAAGAGUGGAAGCCAAGUUCCGCUGUGCCAACGGUACCGGAAUUAUCAGCACUCUUGUGAUGGAGUCCGAUGACCUUGACGAGAUUGACUGGGAACAAAUCUCAACCUUCGACACUUACGUCCAGACUGACUACUUCGGUAAAGGCAACACCACAAGCUACGACCGAUACACCAACGUGGAUGUGACCGAUCCCGUUGAGGAGUACCACACCUAUGCCGUUGACUGGACUGCGGAAAGAAUCGAGUGGAUCCUUGACGGAACUGUGGUCCGCACCCUCGAAUACGCCGACGCUGUGGAUGGCACGAACUUCCCGCAGACCCCCAUGGUUGUCAAGAUCGGAAUCUGGGCUGGUGGCGAUCCCAGCAACAGCGCUGGAACCAUUGAAUGGGCGGGUGGCGAGACUGAUUAUACCGCUGGUCCCUUCAUCAUGUACCUCGAGUCGGUGAACAUCACCAACUACAGCCCGGCAUGCAGCUACACAUACUCCGACAAGACCGGCGACUACACCAGUAUUACCAGCUCGAACUCCACUUGCAACGCCACUUCCACCACCACUUCUAGCAAGAGCACCUUGGCCAGUGGCUCGGCUGUUGCCUCCAGCUCUGGUGCUGUCUACACUGGUGGCGCGAACAGUCUUUCCUAUGGAUCUGCGAUUUCCAUGGUUGGCGCUGGUCUUUUGGCUGCUCUUCUCUGA